AUGUUUGUGUUUAAUUUGUCAAAGCGGUCGAUUUCGCUGAACGUUUAUUGUCGGCCUUUUUCGCACAAUACAGUUUUUAAUGGUGUUCAAUUUUGGCAGCCAUCAUUAGCAAGCAUUGUUUGCCAAAGAUUCGUUCGUUGUUUGACUAUGUCUGAAAAUAAAUCACCUUUGCUGGAACGGGCUCGCAACAUAGUGCCUCACCUGGAGACGGAUCGUCACAAAGGGCAGGCUGGACGCAUCGGGAUAGUUGGUGGAUCACUUGAAUAUACCGGAGCACCUUACUUUGCGGCCAUCAGUGCGUUGAAGGUUGGAGCCGAUCUGGUGCACGUAUUCUGCCCGCAAGCUGCUGCUCAAGUUAUUAAAUCUUAUAGUCCAGAAUUGAUUGUGCAUCCUCUCUUGGAUUGUAACAAUGCCAUCAUUCAGAUUGAGCCAUGGCUAGAACGGUUGCAUGUUCUAGUGAUAGGACCAGGAUUGGGACGGGAUCGAUUAGUACUGCAAACGGUUUCCGAGUUGAUAAAAAUCUGUCGACAAUUGCAGAAGCCGCUUAUUAUCGAUGCGGAUGGACUAUAUCUGAUCACGCAUGACAUCAGUUUGGUGAAAGAUUAUUACGGAGUCAUUCUCACACCGAACGCUAUCGAAUUCUGCCGAUUAUUUGGAAACGACCGGGAUCGAAUCAUGGAAAUGAUGGAAAAGCUCGGCCGAGGGGUGACGGUAAUCGAAAAAGGCCUAAACGAUCGGAUUUACGACUCAUUGACACUGGAGAAAUACGAAUGCCCACAGGGUGGGUCGGGCCGUCGCUGUGGCGGACAGGGAGAUCUGCUGGCGGGUUCACUGGCUACAUUCUACUAUUGGGCGUUGGAAUCACGCCAGGAAAUCAGCCCCGCAGUAGUAGCUUGUUUUGCCGCUAGUUUCCUGACCAAACACUGCAACAGCUAUGCAUUUGAAACCAAAGGGCGUAGCAUGACCUGCAGUGAUAUGAUCGAACAGAUUAAUAGGGUGUUUGAAGACAAUUUUGAACGUAAAAAGGAUUAGGAAUAAAUUAUGAGCUUAUUGGGAUUUUUUAUCGGUGGAAUAUUCUGUGUGGUCUAGUGUGUUUUGCCUAAAAUCGUCUUUAAUUAAAGUUGGAAUGAAUGUGGACGGGGGAUAACCAGUUGUUAGGAGCUAUAAGGAGCUUAAAAUAUCGGAAUGAUUUUAGAGGAAUAUGUGCGAGGGGUAAAGGUCAAAGAAUGGUUUAUAUCUUGUAUCCGAUCAGGUCUUUAUAAAGAUGUAUCCGGUCUAAAAGUAUACCAACCAAUUAUUCAAAUAAAUAGUACUUGCUUUAA